CCGUCAUAUACGAAUACUUUCGUUAAAUAAUUUAAGACAAGCGUCCAUUGAUUCAGAAAAAUGAUUGAUAGAUAAUUGGAAAAUAUUGACGAUUGGCAAUGGAAAAGAAGGAUAAAAAGGAAGAGGAGAAUGAUGGUCAAUUGUUUGUGUGGCAAGGUUAUACUGGCAAGGUUGAACUCAUUUCCUUCAGGACAUUUCUGGCCAAGCCUGUGAGGAGAGUAUCUUUAGGGGGAGAGCACUCUCUCAUACUGACAUAUGAUGAUUGUCUGUUUGCUUGUGGCAGUAACCAACAUGGUCAACUUGGUUGUCCAAACCUGGCACGGGAAUACUCAUUUGAUCCUUGCUUGGUGGAUGCAGUAUGUGGCAAAGGUCUUCAGCAAAUAAACUGCGGAACCAACCACUCUGCUUGUAUAGACAAAGAUGGGUCCCUGUAUAUAUGGGGAGAUAAUCAACAUGGACAGUGUGCUAAAGAUCCAUCAAAGCAAGGGGAAGUACUCUCACCUUCUUGUGUGGAGUUAUCUUCCUCUUCAACAUGUGAACAUGGAGUUAGCUCCCCUGAUAUGAAAGAAGCAGCUUAUAAAGUAGGUUGUGGUGCAUCACACGGUUUAGCUCUUGGAGUAGAUGGAAAUGUUUGGGUGUGGGGACAAGGCCCGCAGUUAGGAUUAGGUGAUAUACAGCAUUCAUGGAAACCAACAAUAUUAAAAACAUUCAAAGGAAAGAAAGUUAUAGACAUAUGUAGCGGGGAAUUUCAUAAUUCUGUCCUGGUUGCUGAUGGAAAACAUUCUGAAAGUAAGUCAAAAGAAGUUCAAGAUGGGCUAGAAGCAAAAGCAAAAGAUUCUAUAAGCAAUAGUAUUACAAGCACAUCAUGUGUGCAAUGUAUGAGUCCCCUUAGACUUGAUGGUUUAGAAAAGCAUAGUAAAAAACUGGAUAUUGUUUCUGAGAAUGGCACUGUUAAGCAUAAUAAAGAAGAUGUGGCAGGUGUAACUGCGGAUAAGUCUGAGACAGUGAUACAAAGUAUGGGACAGUCUAAUGAAGGUAAACCAGUGGCUGGGAUUAAUGUUGAUGAUGUCUUUGUAAAGUUAGAAGAUGACAAGGUACAGACUGAUAAAGAGUCUAAUGUAUUAACUGAUAAAUUAAAAAGUGAACAUAAAGACAGUGAACAAACUGUAAUAGAAGGUAAAAAGGUUGUUAGUGGAGAAAAAUCACUGGUAGAUGCUGAACAAAGUAUUUAUGAUGUUUAUGGAUCAAAUAGUAAAACAGAUACAAAUGAAAGUAAAUCCUCGAGUGAUACUGGUAGUGUAGACAUAGAAGGUGUAGAGUUAAGGAAAAAAUCUAGUAUAGAAGAACCAAAAAGUCUAGAGGAUAUACUUACUGCUAGUAUUAAAAGUGAUUCAUCACAUAUUUCUAGUUUGUCUAGUAAAUCAACCAGGUCAAGAAGUUUCUUAGACGACACUGGAGCAAGGGAAUAUUUAGCAAGACAAUUUCAAGAUGAAGAUGUUGUAGAAAAUUCUAGCAUGAAAUUGGACAAGAAGAAGUCAGAUGAUGUUGUCCAUUUAACUGCUAUGUCAAGUGCUGUACCAUCCUCCCCAUCAUCCCCUGGAGGCUACAUGAUGCAGACUGUGUCAACAUUAACCAGUCAUGUAAGCUCUAUGACAACUAAAGCUUUAAGUAACAUUGCAUCAGUACCAGGAAAGUUUCGUUUUUCUGGAGCAUCAGCUGGGGCAGAGGAUGAGACAAAAUCCAGCACAGAAACCCUAGAAGUAUCUGAAAUUUCUGAUCUAGAAACUGGCAGUACUGAAAAUAUUUCUAGUAAUUUAGAUAAAUCUAUUCUAGACUUCAGUAAUCUUACAGUUAGUGAUACAUCUCUAAAUGCCAGUCAGCUUUCACUGCCAGAAUCAGAAAAGAGUAAUGAUAGUGCUGGAUCACAGGAAUCUAGUCCUGUAAAGAAGAAGAAAAACCAGUCUAAUAGACUGUCUGUUAGUAAGGAGUCACAGUCUAUCAGAACAAUUGAAGCCAAACAAGAAAAUCUGAGGAAAAGGUCCCUCAGUCUCCUUACACAAGAAGAAAAGCUUAAAGAACAUAUAACAACAGAUGUUUACAUGUUGGAUACAGAAAUAUGGACAUGGGGUCGUGGAAGCAAAGGUCAACUUGGUCUUGGUGAUAUGCUGGACAGGUGUGAGCCAUAUUGUAUACAGAUUUUGAACGGUAGAAGAAUUGUCAAACUUGCCUGUGGAUCAUAUCAUACUGUAGCAUUGUCAUCAACAGGGGAGGUGUAUUCCUGGGGACAGAAUGACUUUGGUCAGCUUGGACAUGCUGAAAUAGUUUGUUCCCCUGCAAGGAUAGAGUUACCAUCAGAUUGUUGUGUAUGGUCAGUUGAUGCUGGCAGUAAUCAUACAGUAUUCCUCGUGGACAACGCCAACACCCAGUCUACCAGACCAGAUGUCUUCUAUACUGGCAAACACCCAUGCAAAGACCUGUAUGUUCCUAUAUACAAGACUGCAAAGUUAACUCCCUUGAAAUUUCUGAAAAAGGCUGGCUGGAUAUGUUGUGUAACUACAGGGGGAGAUAACUGUGCCUGUAUAUCUAGACAAGAGACAGACAUGACACUGGCAUUGUUUGAAGUUACACGAUUUGUGAGAGAUUUACACAGACAUCUUCAACAAAUUACACAAGAUGUCGUCAAGAGAAUCCAAAUAUCUGGAUUUUUCACAACACUAGAAGUACAGCCAUACAAAAAUAUGAUAGAGGAGUUAUUAUUGUCUUUCACUGAACUAUCAGCUAAGCUAGGAAGUUAUGGAGCUGAACUUACAGACAAGUUAUGUAUUGGAGACAGUAUUCUGAAUGCCUCCAUGUUUGUAUUAUAUGAUGAAUUUGUGUCAGAACUGAAGAAAUAUUCUACUGCUUUUGAAGAUAUGGUAGCUGCUGGUGGGUUUGAAUACUGUGUCAAAAAUGCCAGUUCAUUGUUUGAAGUAUUACAAGAGUUUUACAAAGAUUUACUGAAGUCCAACCAGAUAGAGUCCAAGCCAAAUCAUGCCAACAAAUUUAGAGAGAUCAUGUCUAUACCUCUAAAACAGAUCAAAGAAAUGUCAGGGAUCAUCUUAAAAUUCUCUGACCUGUUCAAAAAGCAAAGUAAAGAAUGUAACUUAUUGUCUAGUGUACAUUUAAAUCUGGAACAUUUUGUAAGGAUGUCCCAGACUGCUAUAUCAGAUGCUGAUAAUACUCGCAUGUUCUGGGAGAGUUCUGCUACCAAAAUAUCUGAAAGUUUGAAGAGUCCAGCCAGAAGGUUAAUUAAGGAGAGCAGAUCUUGUCCUCUAUCACUGAUUAAUGCUGGCAGAUUUUCUACACAUGUAUUCUAUCUCUUCAAUGAUUUAUUCAUUCAUGCACAGUACUCAGCCUACCAGUCAUAUCCUCUAGAGACAGUUUGGAUUGAUUUACCUUCCUCUGACUCCUCCAGCCAGCAGAAUGUUAUAACUGUCACGACACCUGAAGAUGUACUCACUUUGACCACACCCACUUCACAGAUUAAGACAGAAUGGGUUGUAGCAUUUAACACUGCUAUAAACAAAGUUCUAGCGAGCCAGAAGUCUGUGAACAGACAGAAUAGUGGUGAGCGUGUACAUACACCAGUUAUCAGGCUAGCUCGUCACACCUUUACUAAACAUGCUCUAUACAGGGAUGGAAACUAUAGAGGGUACUGGUUAAAUGGGAAAGUUCAUGGAUCUGGAUUAAUGAAAUGGCCAGAUGGGAGAAAAUACAGAGGUAAAUUCAAGCAUGGAAGCAUUACUGGGACAGGUAAGAUGGUUGUACCGAGGGACAAUGAUACAGAGGAAGUCCAGGAAGGUGUGUGGAAAGAUGGAAAACUUCAUGGACAUGGAAAAAUCAAAUACAGUAGUGGGGACUUGUACGACGGUUAUUUUAAAGAUGCUAUGAGACACGGACAUGGGGUGUUUAGGAAGGGCAAAUAUUUAAACAGUGCCUCGUUUGUGUAUGUGGGAGAGUGGCUGUUUGAUAAAAAACAUGGUUAUGGUGUCAUGGAUGAUAUACUGAAAGGAGAGAAGUAUAUGGGUAUGUGGCAGGAAGACAGUCGUCAUGGAGAUGGCGUGGUUGUUACACUAGAUGGCAUGUACUUUGAGGGAAACUUUCAACAUGAUAAAUUAACUGGUAAUGGACUGAUGUUAACAGAUGAUAACAGUUGUUAUGAAGGAGAGUUUGCAGGCAUUACCAUGCUACAGGGAAAGGGAUGUCUAACAUUUCCCAGUGGAGAUAAAAUAGAGGGUACUUUUAGUGGAACGUGGAAUCAAGGUCUUAAAAUAUCUGGAACAUUCCAUAAAACACCUCUUACAGCAUCAAUGUCAAUGAAACAUUCCUGGCAUAGAGUUACUCUAGAGUCUGUUUCCAGCUUGUAUGGAAAGUUAUGUGUGAAACCAGACAGGAAAUGGGAGGAGAUUUUCUACCAGUGUUACACUAGUCUACAUUAUAGUGGAGAAGGGGAACCAAAUACACAUAAAGCUUGGGACCAGGUUGUCACAUGCAUUGUUAAUGGGAAACAACGAUUGAAAGAAAGAGAUAAAAGUAUUAUGUCAUCCAGACAGAAAUUGGAAUUGAAGAAUUUAGAACAGCUUGAGAAGGUCCCAGCACACAAUGUACCCAUUCUUACAAUAGAACAUUACAAACAAACUGUACAAUACUUAGUCAAGAGUUUUGAGACUAUAGCUCAUCCACUAGGAAAGCUGAUGGAAGAGUUGGUUGACGUAUUUAGGGCGGCAUACAUCGGGAUAGGAGCUCAUCCACGACUACUUUUCCAUGCUAUACAGGAAUUACAGUCAUAUACAAAGAAAAUCUAUAGAGUUGUUAGAAUAUUGUUUCCAGAGUUACCAGAGAAGGGAGAUCCUACCCAUAUAUACCUAGAGAAACAGAGGCGAGCUAGUACCCCUAUCAGAGAGAAUAUGGGCUUUAUACAGAGACAAAUAUCAGAGGUGGAUGAGGAAACAACCAAGGAAGUGGUUUCAGCUUCAGGAUUGUUACAGCCUAUCUUGCUACCAAAGAUUUACCCAGCAUUAUUUGACCUAUAUGCACUUCACAAUGAUAAAGAAGAUGAUAAAUACUGGGAGAGGGUGAUGAAACUUAAUAAACAGGGGGAUAUGUCAUUGAUGGCAUAUCUUGGUAUUGACCAAAGUUUCUGGUGUCUAGAUGGAUCCAUGUUUAAAGACAAGAAAGUGAGAAUAUCAUCCAUUAGGGACCAUAGUUACGCAAAAGCAGUAGAUGUUUUACAACAAAUAAGCACAGCAUUUUGUCCUAUAGACAAGCUGGAGGUGAUACAACAAGCAUUUCAGGCAAUUUCUCAGACAGUACAGGAGUAUAAUGGUGAGGAACAGAUAUGGUGUAUGGAUGACCUGUUCCCAAUAUUCCAGUUUGUUGUAAUUAGGGCUCGCAUUCAUCACCUUGGUGCAGAGAUACAUUUUAUAGAGGAGUUAAUGGAAAGUCACCUUGAGUUUGGUGAGCUAGGGCUCAUGUUUACUACAUUAAAGGCAUGUUACUAUCAGAUACAGAAUGAGAAGAUGCCCAUACAUUGAGAUUAUCAUAGAUUAUAAAUUACCAUACAAUACUGACACCAAAAUUUAAUAAACCUUACCACGCUUUGUCACCAGUAUAGAACCAGUCCAGCCUGCAGAUCAGUACAAGGUGUUACCUAGCUAUAAACUGUUUCUUGACCAUUUUCAAAUUUUCAUCUUGGUAUCUCAAAAUUUAAUAAAAGACAGUGAUAAAAAUCACAGUUGGAAUAGUAAAUUUAAGAAAGCCAGCAGAUAAGGGUUACUGGCUGAUUUAAAGUUUACAGACAGGAACAGUUUUAUACUGAAAAUUGAUGUAUCAAAGAAAAGGAUGAAAUCAGCUGAAUUGAUUUAUUAGACAACAUAGUGUAUGAGCUUUUGAAUGUAAAAUUAUGAAAGGAAGAUAUUCUUGAUGCAGAAAUGAACAGUGUUGUCAGAAAUGAUUGUGAUGUAUGUACAUGUAUAAUUACAAUAUGUUGUGGCUGGGUAUGGUCAGCCUUAAAUUGUUUAGUCUAUUUUGAUUAACCUAUUCUUACCACAACUUUCCAUUGAAUACUUGCCAAAGUCUUGUUCCUCUUUAAUUUAUUUAUAAAGUGUGAAUAAAACCAUUCCAUACAAAUAUUUGUAUAAGCUUUGAGCUAGAGAAUUAUUUUCAUACUUUUAUAUUUGUUUGACAGUAAUGUUUGUAGAAAAAUCGCUGUAUUUAAUUAGUGCUGAGGGUAUAAAAAUACCUCAAAUAGAGGUUAUGACAAUAAUCUGUGAGACAGAGAAAAUAAAGCUUUCAUACUGUCAAAAUGGGUAGGGUGUAUAAGUUUAUAGAUAAUAAAUGUUACUGAUGAUUUUAUAACCGAUUACAUGACCUAACAGAAUAGAACCAGUGCUGAUUUACUGUAAUCAAUCUGUAAUCUUGUUUGACAAGGUUGAUGUUAUACAGGUCAUAUACUAUGCUGCCACUGACAUUUUUGUUUAUUACCCCUCACUUUUUUCGUAAUGUUAAUUUCCCAUAGGCCUCUGGGAGUUAUUCUUACUGUUAAUGCAAGUGUACCACGUGACUAAGAAUAAUAACAUCUGUCAUAUGUUGCAGUUCGGAUCGGAAUAUCCGUCCCGAGGGGGACCCGCCCAUUGGGCAGUAACGAGGCUUGCGGGUAACAGUAUUUUCCUCGGGAUGAUAUUUUUACUGUUACCCACAAACCCAUGUGUUAUUUAUAUACUGUUAUAUAUAAACAGCAUUUGUUGUUUUAUACUGUUUGAAAACAGGUUUUAUAAAUUACCAGGUCAAAUUAAAACGCAUUUUCUGUAAUUGAAAUAUAUGUAUACUGAUUACUAGAGAAUACUCUACAACAUGUUGAUUGAUUUAUUUAUUAUGUUUGUUAUCAAGAGUGAACUAUGUUCUGGUAAUAUAUUUAGAUUGUAUAUCUAACAUUUUAUAUGUAUAUUUAUGCUUAAUGUAACCUGCCUAAUUAUUAUUAAGGUUAGUGAAUUAUACAUGUAUCUUACGUAAUGUUUGUUGAAAUUUAUAUUUUGGUUGAAAACCAUUAUUUUAAACUGCUGAAAUGUAAGGUUUAGUUUGGGAUUGUUUUUUGUGUGACAAUGAGAUAUUAAGCUACAUUGUAUAUGAUCAUAGAUGAAGAAAGUUUUUUUUAUUAAUUAUGCGUCAGUUAAUUUAUCUCCAUUCUCUGGUAGAUUAAAAUUUACCAGUCCUGUAAUAUGAGAUUUAUUGAUUUACUCAAAACUUAAAGUACCUGUUACUUAAAUAAUAAAAAUCUCAACUUAACAAAAAAUAAAACCAAAUAAAGGUUAAAUGUGGGUGAUAAAUUUACCAUGUUUUUGCUUUUGUAUGUGCUUUUACUUAUAAAGGUAAAAACAUAGGAAAUAUAUGUAUAUCGUCAGGUGCCCUUAAUUCACCCCUGUCCUAGAAUCAACUCUGUUACUGUGUAUGUCACAAAGUCAAAUAAGUUCAUGAGAAAGAAAACUGUUGGAUAUUUUUAACAUCAAAGUAAAUUUAAUGUAUCUGCCAAAUUUCUUCAACACAGAAGCUUAGAGCAUCAGAAAAUAUCGUGUAUCAAACUAGCUCUGUAAAAGCAUAGGGUAAUGAAUUAUAGCCACUCAUGGAUAAAUGCCGGAAAUAUAACUUUAUGAGGCAUUAUAUUGUUAUGAAUAGUAUGAAUGGAAAAGUUAAUACAUUCAUUGUACACUUUUGUCAUAGUUGAUUCUUAAAUUUUGUUUGCAGAACGCAAGACAAUGUUAAAGUUACUUUGCCAAAAAUAGUGUAAAGUUUACACUUUUCAGACUUUCCUUUGUAUUGUUAAAACCAGCUUUUCUCAGUAGAGUGUUUUGAGAUUUUUGUCACAAUAUUAUUUUAGUCAGUUAUAUCGUAAAGAUAUGUGUAUUUAUUUUUAAUAUUUACAGGGUGCAUUAUAUAAUUUAUUGUUACUUUAUUAGAAAUUAUAAAUAAUAAACAGUUUAAUUCUUUAAGCAGGUAUACACAUCACUUUUUAAGAAUAUUGUGUUAUCGUUAUUCUUUGUUAAACAUUUUAUUGUUAAUUGUUAUGUUAUUGACUUUUAUUAUCAGCAUUGCCAUUUCAAGAAUACAAGUUGAGUUUUUAACUAUUGAAAGUUUAACAGAUAACACAGUUUAUGUCCCAUUAUAUCUUAGAAAACUCAUUCCUUAUGCAACAUACAGGUUGAAAUGAUCCAGAUUGUAAAAUUCCUCAUUUGAAACAGUUAAAAGUAUCUUGCAUGUAUCAAAACUUAAGAGACUAAUGUUAUAAUUCAGGUGUUACUAGAAUUUUGAUUUGUGUUUAGAUCCAGGUGUAACUAGGAAUAUUAUUAGUGUUACAGUUCAUGUGUAUCUAGAGGUGUGACUUAUGUAACAGUCUUGAUGUAUUGAUGUAACUAAGAUUAUGAUAUAGAUUAUGUGUUAUAGAUCGCUGUAACUAGGCAUAUAAUAAGGGUUGUUAAUCAGGUGUAACUGAGAAGGAGAGCUAUCAACACACUUAAAACAUAACAAAAUUGAAACAAAAUACAGAAACAAAUAUUGUAAUUUUUAUAAUGGUACAUGUACCUCAAAGUCAAGUCUAAAUGCAUAUUAUAAUAAUUAUUAUUAUUAUUGUUAUUGUUAUUAUUACUAUAUAAUUGUACUAUUACUGAAUUAUUUCCAAUAUUCUGUCAAUAGUGUAACUGCCACUU